GCAUGCCCAUUGCGCAUUGGAAGCCAUGUUGAAGUUUUGGUGGAGGCUUGCUGUUAUUUUCUGACGCUGUAUGUUUUUUUUCGAUUUGUAAUAUUGCUCUCGUUCAACCAUACUAUUCGGGAACCAUAAAUCGGAGUUCUAAAGAUGAAUUCCAGCGUUGACCUAUCCAGGCGCAAUCCGCAGGAGGAUUUCGAGCUAAUUCAGCGGAUAGGAAGUGGCACAUACGGAGAUGUCUACAAGGCCCGUAAUGUCAACACCGGGGAACUGGCUGCCAUUAAAGUUAUUAAGCUGGAACCUGGUGAGGACUUUGAGGUGGUGCAGCAGGAGAUCAUUGUGAUGAAGGACUGCAAACACUCCAACAUCGUGGCCUACUUCGGCAGCUAUCUCCGGAGAGAUAAAUUAUGGAUCAGCAUGGAGUACUGCGGAGGAGGAUCUCUGCAGGAUAUUUAUCACGUGACUGGGCCUCUGUCCGAGUCUCAGAUUGCGUAUAUGUCACGGGAAACCCUCCAGGGUUUGUACUAUCUCCACAACAAAGGCAAAAUGCACAGAGACAUUAAGGGAGCAAAUAUUCUAUUGACAGACAACGGCUAUGUGAAAUUAGCUGACUUUGGUGUAUCAGCACAGAUCACUGCCACGCUGGCUAAGAGGAAGUCCUUCAUUGGAACGCCAUACUGGAUGGCUCCAGAGGUGGCAGCAGUGGAGAGGAAGGGAGGCUACAACCAGCUGUGUGAUAUCUGGGCCGUGGGCAUCACUGCCAUUGAGCUGGCCGAGCUGCAGCCUCCUAUGUUUGACCUGCACCCCAUGAGGGCCCUUUUCUUGAUGACAAAGAGUAAUUUCCAGCCGCCCAAAUUGAAAGACAAAGGGAAGUGGGGAAAUAAUUUCCAUCAUUUUGUCAAAUUGUCCCUGACGAAAAAUCCCAAGAAGAGGCCAACAGCAGAGAAACUAUUACAGCAUCCAUUUGUGUCACAGCCUCUCAGUCGAACCCUGGCCAUCGAGCUGCUGGACAAAGCCAACAACCCAGACCACACCACAUACAAUGACUUUGAUGAUGACGACCCUGAACCAGAGUCUCCUGUGUCUGUUCCCCAUCGGAUUCGCUCCACCAGCAGGAGCACCAGGGAAGGGAAGACGCUGUCUGAGAUCACCUUUGGCCAGGUGAAGUUUGACCCCCCGUUGAGGAAGGAGACAGAGCCCCAUCAUGAGCUGCCCGACUCUGACCCUUUUUUGGACUGUGCAGAAGAGCUGUACUACACGGCGAGAUCUAAUCUGGAUCUUCAACGGGACUAUGGACAGGAAUCUCCAAGCCUGGUGGGAGGGAACAAGAGUCUUCUCAAAUCAGUGGAGGAGGAGCUUAAGCAGAGCAAACACAGUACCAUCAUGAGGCCGAAAGUCCCACCCCCACUUCCCCCCAAGCCCAAAUCUAUCUGUCCGCCCCAGGAGAGCCCGUCCCAGGGAGAGGAUGAUGUAGGCGGAGGGGGGACCAUCAAGCGCUGCCCCGUACCCGAGAGCCCCGCCCGACCUGCCUCAAAUGUACCCCCCCGCCCUCCACCCCCACGCCUGCCCCCCCACAGACGCAGUAGCCUAGGUAACGAGAGUACACAGAGCCAGGCUGGCUCAGAGCCCGAGGGGAAUGAUGCUGGGAGCUUUAGGCAUUUCUGGGAGUGGCUUCAUGCCCCACACACGGAAGAGGAGUUGGAAGAUGUGUUGGAGGAGGAGGAAGAAGAGAGUAAUGGAUUGAGCUCUCACCAGAAUGGAGAGAAGGACAGUGCUGCAGAGAGGCAGUCCACCAUGCCCCCUAGUGUCCCCAUACGGAAAGACAAGAAGGACAUUCCCAAGCCAAUCAGUAAUGGUCUCCCACCCACACCCAAGGUCCAUAUGGGGGCCUGUUUCUCCAAGGUGUUCAACGGCUGCCCGUUGAAAAUCCACUGUGCCACAUCCUGGAUCAACCCAGACACCAGAGACCAAUAUUUGAUAUUUGGUGCUGAGGAGGGGAUCUACACUUUGAACCUGAAUGAACUGCACGAGACGUCAAUGGAGCAGCUCUUUCCCCGGCGUUGCACUUGGCUUUAUGUUAUGAACAACUGCUUGCUCUCUAUAUCUGGAAAAGCCUCCCAGCUCUACUCUCAUAACGUAGCUGGUCUGUUCGAGCAUGCCCGGCAAAUGCAGAAGUUACCCAUGGCCAUUCCUACACACAAACUCCCGGACAAGAUGAUUCCACGGAAGUUUGCCGUAUCUAAUAAGAUUCCAGACACAAAAGGUUGCCAAAAGUGCUGUGUAGUGAGGAACCCAUACAGCGGUCACAAGUACCUGUGUGGAGCGUUCCAGUCCAGUGUGGUUCUGCUGGAGUGGGUGGAGCCCAUGCAGAAGUUCAUGCUCAUCAAGAACAUCGACUUCCCCCUGCCCUGUCCUCUGGAGGUGUUUGAGAUGCUGGUGGUACCAGAGCAGCAGUACCCUCUCAUCUGUGUGGCCGUCAGCAAGGGCACCGAGCUCAGCCAAGUGGUCCGCUUCGGAACGGUCAACCCCAACUCAACAUCCUCCUGGUUCACAGAGGCUGAUACGCCCCAGACGUGUGUCAUCCACGUCACCCAGUUGGAGAGGGACACCAUAUUAGUUUGUCUCGACAGGUGUAUAAAGAUCGUGAACCUACAGGGACGGUUGAAGUCAAGCAGGAAGUUAUCUUCUGAGCUGACGUUUAACUUCCAGAUCGAGGCGAUAGUGUGUCUCCAAGAUAGCGUUCUGGCGUUUUGGAGGCAUGGUAUGCAAGGGCGGAGUUUCAAGACCAAUGAGAUCACCCAGGAGAUCUCUGAUAACACACGGAUCUUCAGACUGCUGGGAUCUGACAGAAACUCUCAGCACGACAGUUCAGGGCAGGAGGGAGCCGCCAGUCUGCCCAGAGUGGUGGUGCUGGAAAGCAGGCCGACAGACAACCCCACAGCACCGAGCAACCUCUACAUCCUGGCUGGACAUGAGAACAGCUACUGAUCAAACCGCACAGCAUCCUGGGAACACAAGUCACUACAGACACAGACACUACAGACACAGACACUACAUACACAGGCACUAGAGACACAGACACUACAGACACAGACAGUAGAGACACUAGAGACACAAACACUAGAGACACUAGAGACACAGACACUAGAGACAGACAGACAGACAUACGCUAGAGACAGACAGACACUAGAGACAGACAGACACUAGAGACAGACAGACACUAGAGACAGACAGACACUAGAGACAGACAGACACUAGAGACAGACAGACACUAGAGACAGACAGACACUAGAGACAGACAGACACUAGAGACAUACAGACACUAGAGACAUACAGACACUAGAGACAUACAGACAGACACUAGAAACAUACAGACAGACACUAGAGACAUACAGACAGACACUAGAGACAUACAGACAGACACUAGAGACAUACAGACGGACACUAGAGACAUACAGACAGACACUAGAGACAGACAGACAGACACUAGAGACAAGACAGACAGACACCAGAGACAUACACUAGAGACAGACAGACAGACACUAGAGACAGACAGACACUAGAGACAUACAGACACUAGAGACAUACAGACACUAGAGACAUACAGACAGACACUAGAAACAUACAGACAGACACUAGAGACAUACAGACAGACACUAGAGACAUACAGACAGACACUAGAGACAUACAGACAGACACUAGAGACAUACAGACAGACACUAGAGACAUACAGACAGACACUAGAGACAGACAGACAGACACUAGAGACAAGACAGACAGACACCAGAGACAUACACUAGAGACAGACAGACAGACACUAGAGACAGACACUCAGACAGACACACUAGAGACAGACAGACAGACACUAGAGACAGACACUCAGACAGACACACUAGAGACAGACACUCAGACAGACACUAGAGACAGACAGACAGACACAAGAGACAGACAGACAGACACUAGAGACAGACAGACAGACAGACACUAGAGACAGACAGACACUAGAGACAGACAGACACUAGAGACAGACAGACAGACACUAGAGACAGACACUCAGACAGACACUAGAGACAGACAGAAGCUAGAGACAGACAGAAGCUAGAGACAGACAGAAGCUAGAGACAGACAGACAGACACUAGACAGACAGACAGACAGACAGACAGACAGACAGACAGACAGACAGACAGACAGACAGACAGACAGACAGACACGCUAGAGAAAGACCGACAGACACAGACACGCUACAGACAGACACAGACACGCUAGAGACAGACAGACAGACAGACAGACAGACGCUAGAGACAGACAGACAGACGCUAGAGACAGACAGACAGACAGACACUAGAGACAGACAGACAGACACUAGAGACAGACAGACAGACACUAGAGACAGACACUAGAGACAGACACUAGAGACAGACAGACACACCCACUAUAGACAGACACACCCACUAUAGACAGACACACACACACUACUAUAGACAGACAGAUACACACACACUACUAUAGACAGUCACACACACACUACUAUAGACAGACAGAUACACACACACUACUAUAGACAGACAGAUACAUACACACUACUAUAGACAGACACACACACUACUAUAGACAGACACACACACUACUAUAGACAGACACACACACUACUUUAGACAGACACACACACUAUACUAUAGACAGACAGACACACUAUACUAUAGACAGACAGACACACUAUACUAUAGACAGAUAGACACACUAUACUAUAGACAGACAGACACACAUACACACUAUAGACAGACAGACACACUAUAGACAUACAAACUAUAGACAGACAGAGACACUAUAGACACAGACAUACACAAUAUAGAUGGACUAUAGACAGAGAGACUAUAGAUACACUAUAGACAGACACACUAUAGACAGACAGACAGACAGACAGACUAUAGACACACUAUAGACAGACAGACAGAUAGACUAUAGACAGAUAGACUAUAGACAGACUAUAGACAGACACACUAUAGACACACUAUAGACAGACUAUAGACACACUAUAGACAGACUAUAGACACACUAUAGACAGACUAUAGACACACUAUAGACAGACAGACUAUAGACACACUAUAGACACACUAUAGACAGACAGACUAUAGACAGACAGACUAUAGACACACUACAGACAGACUAUAGACACACUACAGACAGACUAUAGACACACUAUAGACAGACUAUAGACACACUAUAGACAUACUGACAGACACACUAUAGACAGACUAUAGACAGACAGACUAUAGACACACUACAGACAGACUAGACAGACUAUAGACACACUAUAGACACACUAUAGACAUACUGACAGACAGACUAUAGACAUACUGACAGACAGACUAUAGACACACUAUAGACAGACUAUAGACACACUAUAGACAGACUAUAGACACACUAUAGACAGACUAUAGACACACUACAGACAGACUAUAGACACACUAUAGACACACUAUAGACACACUAUAGACAGACUGACAGACAGACUAUAGACACACUAUAGACAUACUGACAGACAGACUAUAGACACACUAUAGACAGACUAUAGACACACUAUAGACAGACUAUAGACACUACUGCUUUAGCUUCACAGAAGACAGAUCCUUCAAGCGUCCGCUUCCAAAUGGCCUUUUACUUCCUUUAACACCUUUAUUUAUUGUGGCAGGUAACAAACACCUGGAUGACUUCUAUAUGAUUUCAACCACUGCUAUAGCAUCUCAGCUCACACCACACAAGUGCUUAAUUGACCUGUAUUUAAUUGUUGUAAAUAUAAAUGUAGUAUUUUUUUGCAGAAAGGUACCCUGGCUACUCUGGGGUUGUACACUAAAGACUGGUCAUGUAGAUACGUGUGCAUAUGUAUUCUGUACAGUUAUAAAGAUUUUAAGGGGUGGUGCGGGGGGGACAGUUUGAGCACUAAAAAGGACUUCCUGUUUUUUGAUCAUGUGAUCAGGGACAGGAUUUGAAGCCCCCUCUCUGAGGUUUGGCUAAGUCUGAGCAACAAGGAAGUACCACUAUACUGGUAAUGUCAUUCUGCACGCAUCGUCAGCCCAAAUGUGGGAACUUCCUUUCUGGUUUGCUUUGAGAAAUGUCUAAUGGGAGAUCUACAGUUUCAUUCUUAGCUUCCACUUGUAACUCUAUGAGGUGAACAUUCAUUUCAAACGGUUUUAAUUGCAGGCUUACUUCUAAGCUUAGUUGUAUGCUUUUUUAAUACUGUGGAAUCACUGGUGUUGAAAUCUGCACAAAAAGAUAUUUAAAAAAAGAAAUGUGACGUUGUAUGUAACUGUAUGUGUGUGUGUAAACUUAAACAUGCAUAUGUUCUCACAAGCUGUGACACAGGGGUUACAUUAGAUAAGUCAAGUUAUUCUAGAACACUCACUGAACUUGUUUUGAAAUACUUUGAGAUCGUGGAGGGUGAAAUGUCAAAGGUGAAAUACCAAAACAGGCUCCAGUGAUGCUGUUGUUUUAAUCACCAGGGUUUCAUCAUGUUGUAAUUCUCAAUGUCAAUAUCGAUCAUAUACACUAUAGUCAAAUGGCCAGAACUAAACAUUCCUUACUGUAGGGCUCAGUGAAGAUGUUUAAAAAAUAUGAAUGUUACAUGUUUUUAUGUAAUGCCAAAAUGUGUUCUCAAUUUAUGGCCAAAAUUUGUUGGGUGUCUCUACCUCGUGUUAGAACAAAAGGAAACGAGUUGUGUAGAAGGAAACAAGUUAAAACACUACAAAAUUCAUGUUGGUUUUAAUUUACACAGUAAACAUGUGUAAUGAUUAUGGACAAACUAACUUCCUUUAUGCUGCAUUAUCAUUUUCAUAUUGCAAUGCACAUUAUUACAUGUAUAUACUGUAAAAUAAAAUCGGUUGGUUUUA